CACUCCGAACGUCAUUGGCACCUGUCAUGUCAUUUCUCCGAUCCGCUCUCGUUUGUCCGUGGUCGUGAAUGUAGUAGGCGGAGUUCAUUACAAUUAUUUUUUAGUUUAGUGUUCUCGUUCCACUUUUCGAGAGUAUCUUUUUAUUUUUAAAUCAAGUGCUCUGUGCUGUGUUUUACGCUUUCGCCUAGUUCGUGUGUCGAAACGGCUGUGUUCAAAUUCCUUGAAAUGGUUUUGUGAUAUGAUGUCAUUUUUCUGUUUGAAACCUUGACAACAUGAGUGCUAGUGUCGAUCUGGACGUGUCCAGCCCUCUGUCGGAGGGCCAGAGCGCGGCUUCGGAUCAUAUCUCGAAGUCUUCGUCGGAGAGUCCUUGUAGUAGUAAAAUCAACGAUGUUACGGCAGGUCAGGAAAACAAAGGGGAUUCGUCGGAGCCAACGACUCCUAAGCCGUUCCCGAUGGCGUUCACGAUUGAUUUCGGGACCGCGAAGCCUGUGGACAACCGCAGACUCGAGGAGUUAGCGAAAAAGUCCCAGGCUAGGCACCAGAGGGUCCAGUCUAUGUCUGCAAGUCUAACUAGACCGGCCCCCGCGGUCCAGAAGCCCCCGAUGAGCGCCAAGCUGCCCAGAAAGGCACAAGGAUACAACUCCGAAGGCUACUUCUCCUCAGACCAAGAAGAUUCCAACCUCUCUGGCUCAGUGAAACUCCGUCACAGUCCGCUAGCCCAAAGCAUGCACGCAACUUCUCCUGUGGUCAACAGACAUAUCAAAUCUCCAAUCGAAUCUGUCCACUCUAAAAGAACGUCCAAAAGCCCGAUAGUCGAUAGCAUUAUGUCGAGAAGUGAGAACUUCACUUCGCGGCAAGGUCUGAAUCUGCCUAUCAAGAACCCAACUAGUUCCUAUUCCAGAGACGUCCAUAGAACGCCUAGUUAUGGCAACCUGUCUGCUAGCUAUCAACCGAGAACCCUCAUGACUGAUAUAAUCGAUCGGAGCCCAGAAGGUGUGAUGCUCACUGAUAUCUCUAGUCCUGAAUUAGAUAUCUUAACACCGGACAACGGCUUGUCCACACCGGAACCGGUAAAGAGUCCUCAGAUCCGUAAAAGUAGAGCAUCUUCAGAAACGCCUGAUUUGUUCAAAAAGUGUGUACCGAAAGUUGAACCGUUGUACAUUGAUGAUGAUGUUGAUCAGCAAUCGAAUAAUUCUUCCACUGGCACGUAUACAAUCGAGGGUGAUAAUUACACCGAAGAACAAAAGGCUAGAAUGAGCAUAGACAGGACUUUUGGUGCUAAUUUGUUAGAUGAAGCGAUUGAAGACUCCUUGAAAAAACAUGCAAUAAGUACUGAGAGGGACCCUGAACUGAUCUUCGACUUCCAAAACCCCAGGGUCAUAACGAAAGAACCAAGAAGAGACACCGGUCUCCGUAGUCCUCUAUCAACGAACAAAACCUUUGAUUUGCCUAACAAAGUUUCUAAAGAUAAAAAUGUGUUAGAAAUCUCGUGCUGCUACGAAUCUCCUACAGAACACGAUUUGGCAGCGCAGACUUCUAAACAAAUUAAAUCCACUAGGAGUUAUCUUGAAAAAAUUAAGAAUAGAGUUAGGACAAUCACGGAGAAAACGUUUCCCAAAUCUCCACCGAAACAUGAGGAAGAGCCGGAUAUGGGAAGUUUUACUUCGGUAACCACAUCAGGGGUGUUGAGUUCUAAAAACCCGGUGAAAGUGGAGCCUCCAAUUCAGUACAGAAGGAGGUGCAGUCUAGCCAAAUCUGAAAUAGACCAGACAGACUACGUUCACCGGUUAUGCAGAGAGACAUCUGUCCCUGUAUCGUUACCAAGCAACAAACUCCCCUUUGAUGAUGCCAAAUUUGAGAGCACAGCGUUGAAAAACGCUCAGAAAGCCAUGAGAGACGACAGUGGUGUGUCUUCUGAUAUAACCCCAGACCAAGUAGUAGGAAAGUUGUCGUAUUUGAGCCUGAACCGGUGCAAAGGGGAUAAGACCUGGAUUCAGGACUGGGCGGAGAGUGUGAAGAAGUAUAACAACAAUACGCUGGCAACGAAGGACGAGUUGAACACCACAUUCAUCAUGGACGGUGACCGACCACCGCUGAGUCCUAGACAUAUACCAGGAAAACCUCGUAGUCCCAUGGGUGGGACACCUACAAAGAUCCCCAGUCCAGUGGGCACGCUACUUCAUAGGCGAACACCGGAUCUAAUCCCAACUCAAGACACCGAGUCGUACUUACUCAAAACUCAAAACGCGAUCACCAACCUUCAAGCGAAGCUGCACUCGUCUCGCACCAACAACUUCACCAACAUUCCCUCCCAACUCACUUCUAGUCUCAUCAGCGAGAAGACGGCCGUCUCCCGCCUUCCGAUCUCACAGCUGAGUAGAUCGAACUCACUAAACUACCGCCUCAGGAAGAAAGAAACCUCCGGGGACAGCAGUCCACUAAGAAGCCCUGGACAUUACGUCAUCACAGGGUCCAUGAAAGUCCCCGAAAGCACUAGGAUCCUCCUCAACUCCGCUUCCAGAUCUUUAGACACUGACAGGCGGAAAAACCACGACUCAAACAUGAAUAGUCCGUGUUCCGAACGCGGUCUUUUAAGCAACAGUUCCGACGAUAAAACACUGUCGAAUCGUCCACCGUACGACGUUGAAGCGAUCCUGUCGCCGCACAGGAAAGCGCACGUCCGACACAAGUCCUUCGAAGGGCAAAACCCUAAUUUCUUCACCGACGUCAACACGAAUCAAGCCGUGUGUCUCAAGACUGUCUUAAAAAACAACGCCUUAGAAGCGGGCUACCAGAGGAUCGACCAAACGCGUUACUACGACAACAAGAAGCACCAAAGAGUUUACAGCGAUGGAAAUAAACAAUUUAAGCCGCAAAAUGUAGGGUUCGGAAGCUCGAUUAGGAGAUCCAGCUCUUUCAACACUGUUAAUAAGAAUAAUAACUACAUAGAACCGCCCCGGAUCACAUCCAGGCGGUCGAGUGGUCAUUCAGAGGAAUACAAAGAUUACCUAUCUGAUGAAUCGGAUACUGGUUCGUUUGAGAAAUCGCAAGAGUUGAGGUACAAGCGUACAUCGAAUAGGGGUAGGAUCGAUUCUCCGGAUUUGAAAUCGAUUGUGCCGGCGAAUUCUCCGCGUUGUCCGAAUACGCCGGAGAUGCAGAGGAAGUUUGGGCCGGGUUUGGUGAGGAAUUCCGUGAGGGUGACGAGCAAGGAGCGGGCAGGGAGUGCGAGGGCCCCGGAGCCGCCGGUGCAGGAAGGCCGGCCUACGGGGCACCAGAGCCGGCGGGUCUCCGAGCCGAGACAGGCUGUCCUGAGCAGGCUAACCAAGUCGAGGUCUUCGACGAGGGAAUUCCAGCCUAAGCAACAGGAGAAAGGUCAAAAGAAGCCCAGCCAACACCGCUCGUCCUCCGCGCUAGCCAGCAAAGAAGCCUCGUACACAAACUGGCGCAAGCGAGCCUCGUACGAGCCUAUGAAGGCAGCGAUGGAGGGCAGACGGCGGCCGGCGAGGGAUAAGGACACCAGCAGCGAGCCCAGCCACUCUUCCCCAGUCCACCGCUCGCAGUCCUUCCACACAACCAACAUGGCGGGGCUGCAGCUGGACUACUCCUCGGACGAGGAGCAGCUGGCCGCACUCCCCGCGGACGCCAUGCUCGCGUCGGUUCACUCGGACAUCCUGGACGCGAGGCCGCGGGAGCACCGCAGGCGGCAGGCGGGCGGCAGUGACGUGCUGCUGGCUAGGGACUACGUCGCGCACUUCCAGGUCAGUCUUAAAAUCAAGCAUUUCCAGGUUUUGUGGUGA